AUCGCGCCGUCUCGCGAACUGUGUUUGCAAAUCGAAGGCAUCGCGAAGAAGCUCUACGUCGUGUUCGCGAGCGACACUGCCGCGCGCGGCAUGGACUUCCCCGACGUCGGCCUAGUCGUGCAGACCGAACCGCCGGUGGACGUUGCAGACUACCUGCACCGCGUCGGCCGCACGGCGCGCUGCGGGAAGUCGGGAGUCGCCACACUCUUUCUAAGC